CCCCGCCCGGCCCCGGAGCCGCGCGCCGGGAGCUGUAGUCUCCGCGGCAGAGUCCGAGGCCGCCGCUGCGCGCGUCAUGCUGAGAGUUGUAGUCCGCCUUGCUGGCUGUUCCCCUCCCGCCGGCUCGUGGCCGCCAUCUUGGUCUCGUCUUUCCCGUAACGCUGGGUUUGUUCUCUGAUAAGGUGGGGUACUCCGCUCCCUGCCCCGAACGUGGGGCAGCAGUGCUGCCUGGACUGGUAGGAGCCGAUCGAAAAACGGCUGCCUGAGCUGUCAGGUAGCCCGGUCCCGUAUUUUUAUGCGCCUGCUGUUGUAGCUCGGGGCACGAGAUAGUACGGGGUGGUUUUUUAGAGCUCUGACUGGGAUGCGUAACCGUGUUUGUGGGGGUAGAACUGUUUGCAGAAGGAAGACGUGCCAGCUGACUGCUGUACAGCGUACGAGCAGAUACAGCGGGUUGGAAUGGACGUACCGUUUGUGCGGGCUCGUGUGUUUUUGCUUUAUUUCUCGGGGGGAAGAAGACGUCAAAAAGGUACUAAGUCUCAGGAAAGGUACUGGUCUUCAGAAAGUACUAUGGACAACGUGAAAAAUGCUGAUAACAGCUCUUAUAAUGGUGGAGCUCUGCUUAGAAUGGGCCUCAAUGAUAACAAAGCUGGAAUGCAAGGUUUGGAUAAAGAGAAAAUUAAUAAAAUCAUUAUGGAAGCUUCCAAGGGCUCCAAAUUUUAUGAAAACGAGCUCAAAAAAGAUCAACAAGUUAACCAACGAAUUGAGAAAAUGAUGCAGCUUAAGGAGAAAAUUACACAACAACAGCUGUUGAAAGCACGGUUGCGGGUGGACAAACUGGUGAUGGAACUGGAACAGAGUCGCAACCUUAGUUGUACUAUUGUACACAUUGACAUGGAUGCCUUCUAUGCAGCUGUGGAAAUGAGAGACAAUCCAGAGCUGAAGGAAAAACCUAUUGCAGUGGGAUCAAUGAGUAUGUUGUCCACCUCAAACUACCAUGCUAGGAGAUUUGGUGUACGUGCAGCCAUGCCUGGAUUUAUUGCUAAAAAGCUGUGUCCACAUCUAACUAUAGUACCGUUAAACUUUGAAAAAUACAGAAAAGUGAGUGAAGAGGUUAAAGAGAUACUGGCUGAAUAUGAUCCCCAUUUUAUGCCUAUGGGCCUAGAUGAAGCCUACCUGAAUUUAACAGAGCACUUGGAGGAAAGGCUGCAUUGGCCUGAAGAUAAAAGAAGAUACUUUUUGAACACAGAAAACACUACAGAAAAAAAUAAAGAAGAUAUAAGCAUAUCUGGCAGAUUGAAUAUAGAUGGAUACUCUUCUUCACCAGAGCUGUUUGAAGAUGGCACAUCUGUAAUGGAUGAUCACUCUGGACAAAGAUAUCAGUCACUGAAAAAUGUAGUUGUGUUUGGAACCUCUGCAGAAGAAGCUGUGAAGGAAAUUCGCUUUAGGAUUGAGCAGAAAACUCAACUGACUGCUAGUGCAGGUAUUCAAAACACGUAUAAAUAAUAAUCUUUUGUGUUUCCACAGUGUGUUGUACACUAAUCUCAGGGGAUGCUACAGUCUUAAGAAAUAAGUAUUGCCACAGCAUUCUCAUGCUGCAAAGAAAUAUGCCUCCUUUGCAAUUGUGUAAAAACUUCUGUCUUUCAGGUAAUUACUGAAACCUUAUAUGUAUCAAAGCCAUUCCUCUAUUUUCUAAAUCAUAUAAGUAGUUCUUUUUGCUUCUUUCGUCUUGAAAUGGAAGUAGUGUAGAGACAGGAUGAGGAAAAAUGGCCUCAAGUUGCGCCAGGGUAAGUUUAGGUUGGAUAUCUGGAAAUACUUCUUUACAGAAGUGGUCAUUAAGCACUGGAAAAGGCUCCUCGGAGGGGUGGUUGAGCUACCAUCCUUGGUUAUGUUUAAAAACCGUCUGGAUGUGGUGCUCAGGGACAUGAUUUAGUGGAGGGUUGUUAGAGUUAUGGUAGUACGGUUAGGUUGUGGUUGGACUUGAUGAUCUUGAAGGUUUUUUCCAACCUGAGUGAUUCUGUGAUUCUAAGUGAAUUGGGGAACUCAGGAAUUAACAUUAGCACUGCUGAUACUUGUUUUAGUGCCUCAUGUAAAUUGUUGUGAUAGCCUUAUGGCUGUAGAGUAAUCUGUUACUGAUUGCUGAAUUGGUUUUAGCUUGAAGAAAAGAUCAGUUAUUGCUACCUCUAGCAGUCUUGCCACACUGUUCCCUUUGUUCCUUUUAAUACAAUAUUGUAAUUCAUUUAAAGGGAAGUAAAUGUGUUUAAGUUAAUAAAAUAUUGAGAAAGUUUUUAAUAUUUACCAUCCAAGCUUCCUGUCUUCAGGCAACCUACCUGGAAGCGUUGAUAAUUUGCCUUAGAUACCUAAUAAAUAAAUAAAUAAAUAAAUAAAUAAAAAAUAAAUAGAGCAUGCUCCUAGUAAUCUAGUUUGGAUGGCAUCCAAAGAGCUUUGUGAACCAGGUGUGUGAAGCAUCAGGGAAUGCUGAACUUUAUGAAGCAGGUAGGUGUGAAGGCCAGGGAAAUGUCAAAAGCAAGCAGAGAUAAAGGAAUAGGUAGUAGAAACAGAUGAGAUUGCCCCAUAUGUUAUAAGUAGUAGUAAAGUAAUAAUUUUGUUCUUCUGGAAUGUUAUCCGCUGAAGGAUAAAAUACUGUUUAUGAAGCUUUUAUAAAAUGAAACAUGUUUAGAAGGCUAAUAGAAAACUUCUGAUCAGCAAUAGUGAAAGAAAAUUACUUCUACCAACUAGACUGUGGAUAUAUAACCUCUGAGCUCACCUGGGCUUCAUUGAGAGAAGAGGAAUCGUGUUGGGCCAUUUAUAAAAUACAUAAUGUGGUUAGCAUGUGUAACUAACAAAACCUCUUUCAUUUUUCAGUAAUUUGUAUAAAAACAUUAAAAAAAAAAA